AUGCCAGAUUUGUAAAUUCCAGGUGGCAAGCCAAGCAGACUAUUUGUAUAUAUUAAAGAGAGGAUGCGUAAGGUGUUAAACUACAAAAUUGAUAUCCAUUUUAACGCUCAUACGUAAAAAAGGGCAACAUAAAUAUUGGCUUACAUGUAAGUAAUUAUCGGCCUUUAUAUAAAUAAUAUGAUUAAAUAAACAAUUCAGACUUGAA